AUGCCUCAGCUAGACGACUAUAUUAACAAGGACGGAGAUCCUUUGAUCACGGAUACCACAAGAUCCAUCUUGACGCAGUAUAGCAAGAUACCAGAGACGGAAUUGAUCGGUCAUAUCAGAGGCAUUCGUGACAAAGCUUGGGAGGUUUUCAACUAUCCUUGCAUUGGGUCUUAUAAUUUCCUGGACUUUAGUAUCCGAGACCACGCAAUCUAUGAAGAGGUGGUGAGACGAGUGAAGGAAGGUGCAACCCUUAUUGAUCUGGGAUGCUGUUUUGGCCAAGAUAUUCGCAAGUUGAUCGUAGAUGGCUGUCCAGCCGAGAAUCUCUUAGGCACGGAACUCGAACCUGCUUUUAUCAAUUUCGGCUAUGAUCUUUUCCGCGAUCGAGAAAGUCUCCAAGCCAGCACUUUCAAAACUGGCGACUUCUUCGACUCGGAGACGCCGUACAAUCUCCCCGAGCAGUCUUUCGAUUUCAUGCAUUCGGCAUCCUUCUUCCACUUGUUCACCUGGGAUGAGCAAUUGGAUGCCUUCUCACGUGGUAUUCGACUGUUGAAGCGGAAGCCUGGAUGUCUGAUUUUCGGUCGACAGGCGAUUAGGGACGUUGCUGGACCGUUUGAGGAAUUGAAGGUGCGAUCUGGGCCAAUGUUUAUGCAUAACGAAGAGUCCUUUCGCAAAUUUUUGGGAGAUGUGUCGAUGAAGACGGGRGUUCAGUUUGAUAUUGAUAUUCGUGUUUUGGACAAGGUUGGUCAGAGGGCCAUGGGGGUGUGGCAAGAUCUGCACUUUGUAUUGCGGACUGUGUAG